ACUACGCUAUCGUCUAUUAGUCAGAACUCAAUUAUAAAUUACCUACUAAGUAAAUUAUUUGCAGUCAGCACAAUGCUAAAGCUGAAGAUAGUCGUGUCUCUCACUCUAGUGAGCGUGUCAAUAUGUUCAGAGCUGGUGAUUCCACCGACCCUGAAGUUCGGAGUAGCGACCUCCUCAUACCAGAUUGAGGGAGCGUGGAACGUCAGUGAUAAAGGCCGCCACAUCUGGGACAAUUUUGUGCGCGAGCGCAGAGUGGACGAUGGGAGCACGGGCGACGUCGCGUGCGACUCCUACCAUCUCUGGGAGAGGGACAUCGACAUGAUGACGGAGCUGGGCGUGGACUUCUAUAGGUUCUCGAUAAGCUGGCCGCGCAUACUUCCAACUGGGUUCACUAAUAAAAUCAGUGAAGACGGCAAGAGGUAUUACAACCAGCUGAUAGAUGGACUCUUGGCGAAGGGCAUAGAGCCUAUGAUCACCAUUUACCACUGGGAGAUGCCUCAGCGAUUGCAGGAUUUGGGUGGCUGGGCAAACCCAUUAAUAUCAGACUGGUUCGCAGACUACGCAAGAGUAGUAUUUACAUUAUUUGGGGACAGAGUCAAAACCUGGGUCACCAUCAACGAACCCAUAGCCAUCUGCGAGGGCUCCUAUAGCCUGGGAUUGUUAGCGCCUGGACUGAAAUCUCUUCAGCAUAUUGGGACAUACCUUUGCAAUAAGCACGUGCUGUUGUCACAUGCUAAAGCUUGGAGAAUUUAUGAUAAGGAAUUCAGGUCUAUGUAUAAAGGAGAAAUAUCUUUGAGCAACAACUUGUUCUGGUACGAAGAGAAGAGUCCAGAAUACGCGGAACUUGCAGAAUUGGCCAGACAAAUCAAUGCAGGACGUUACUCCCACCCGAUCUACUCGAAAGAAGGGGGCUGGCCUCCUUCUAUCGAGAAAAUAAUAGCAGAGAACAGUGCUAAACAAGGGUACCACCAAUCCAGACUGCCAGCUUUCACUGAAGAAGAGAAAAAGCUCGUUAGAGGCACCUUCGACUUCUACGGCGUGAACUUCUACACGAGCCGACUAGUCAGCCCUAAAGAACCCGAGCUGUGUUUUGGCUUCCCAUUGGCCGGGUCUGAUGAACUCGGAGCAGAAUUUACUAACGACAAUUCUUGGCCCGUGGCUUGCAAUGGAUGGCUUUCUGUUUACCACGAGGGUUUGCGCAAGAAACUGAUCUGGCUGAAGCAGCAAUAUGGGGAAAUGAAGUUCCUUAUCACUGAGAACGGCUUCCCGACUUGUCCUGUAGACGAGCUAGCCUUAGAUGAUGACGAACGGGUGGAUUUCUACAAGGAGAACUUGAAACACGUGGUCAAAUCGAUAACCGAGGACGGUGUUAACAUAGCCGCUUAUACUGCGUGGAGCCUCAUGGACAACUUCGAAUGGAUAGAUGGCUAUACGACAAAAUUCGGCUUGUACGCUGUCAACUUCACGGACCCAGAACGGACAAGGAUGCCGAGAAAAUCCGCUUUAUUUUUCACAAAAUUGAUCAAAACUAGGAAACUCAUAUACGAUGAAAAUAUAAAGGUCGAAUUGUAUUGGUUGUAUUAUUUCAUAGGUGUUUUAACCAAUCCUGAGCACGAAAUUUACAUGAUACACUUUAAAUUUGUAAUUUUAUUCCAUGAAAUAUAAAAUAUAUCAAGUAUU